AUGGGGAUGACGAGCCAUGAUUGUCAUGUUGUUAUGCAGCGCCUACUUCCAUUUGCCUUUGAAGGUCUUCUACCAAACAACGUCUACAAAGCAGUUGCAGGUAUUAGUGCUUUCUUUCGAGAUAUUUGCUCGAGAUCACUUACAUUAGAUGGUAUCCAAUCUUUGGAGAAGAAGAUAGCAAAACUCCUUUGCGAACUUGAGAAGAUAUUUCCACCGUCCUUCUUCGAUGUGAUGGAACAUCUUCCGGUUCAUCUUCCAAGAGAAGCAGAGCUUGGAGGACCAGUUCAGUACUGCUGGAUGUAUCCUUUUGAGCGGUUUCUGUUCCAUCUGAAGAAGAAGGUGAAAAAUCUAAGUAGAGUCGAAGGUUCUAUUGUCCGAAUUGUUGCCAACACGAAAGAAUAG